CCGGUCCAUGAAUUAAUUUAAUGCAAUAACGUAAACCAGACUGCAUUUUGAAGCAAAGAAACUUCCAAAGUCUCCCAACUUACACAUUAGUCUUCUUUCUUCAAAUCAACGCGUUUCGCUUCUAUAAUUCCUUGCAAUUUUCAGUAAGCUAAUUAGGCCUGUUUAGGUUUUGUAGAGGUGUAAUUGGAGAAGCGAGUUUCGAGAAUGAGUGAUAAUAUAAUGGAAAAAGUCAAUGCUCUCGGUGAGCGAUUGAAAAUCGGGGGGUCAGAGGUUGGUCAGAAGAUUAGUGCAGGAGUGAGUUCGGUUAGUUUUAAGAUGAAGGAGUUUUUCCAAGGACCGAGUCAGGUUGACAAGAUUGUGGAGGAGGCGACUGCGGAUACGUUGGAUGAACCUGACUGGUCGACGAAUCUCGAGCUUUGUGAUAUGAUAAAUCAUGAUAGGAUUAAUAGUAUUGAACUGAUUAGGGCGGUUAAGAAACGGAUUGUGUUGAAGAUCCCUAGGGUUCAGUACUUGUCUUUGGUUUUGCUUGAGACUAUUGCUAAGAAUUGCGAGAAGGCGUUUUCGGAAAUUGCGGCGGAGAGGGUGCUUGAUGAGAUGGUGAAGAUGAUUGAUGACCCUCAGACUGUUAUUAAUAACCGAAACAAGGCUCUGAUGAUGAUUGAAGCGUGGGGAGAGUCUUCGGAUGAGCUUCGUUAUCUGCCUGUUUAUGAAGAGACUUACAAGAGCCUGAGAUCUAGAGGUGUACGUUUUCCUGGACGUGACAGUGAGAGCUUGGCUCCUAUAUUCACUCCUCCUCGUUCAACCACUGUGCCGGAACCAAAUCCUAGCUUGGCACAACAAUUGCAUCGGGAGGUUCCCGUGAUAAGCUUUUCUGCUGAACAAACAAAGGAAGCCUUUGAUGUUGCAAGAAACAGUAUUGAACUUCUUACCACUGUUUUGUCCUCUUCACCGCAGCAAGAUGCUCUACAGGACGACUUGACGACCACACUUGUGCAACAGUGCCAUCAGUCCCAACAUACUGUCCAGAGAAUCAUUGAGUCUGCUGGGGAUGAUGAAGCCUUGCUCUUUGAAGCCUUGAGCAUAAAUGAUGAAAUCCAGAAAGUCCUAUCUAAGUUUGAAGACAUGAAGGCAAAUACAGUUGUCCCAACAGUACCACCGCAUGCGAUGAUACCUGUUGCUGCUGAGCCUGAUGAAACGCCCCGUGAAGGUAAGGAAGAUGCACUUGUUAGGAAGGCACCGGGUUCUUCAGGUGUAGCUCAAGUUAACCAUGAUGACGAGAUGGACGAUCUAGAUGAGAUGAUCUUUGGCAAGAAAACUGAUGGGACAUCAGAAACAGGGCAUGCUACAAAAAAGGAAUCGACUAAAGAUGAUCUCAUAAACUUUUAAGUUUCUUUACACCGAAUUAUAGACCUUGAAGAAACCAUUUGUUAUGGUCUGCUUUAGGCCAUGUAGAUUAUCUGUCAUUGUUAUUGUUUGAUGAUUACAUCCUUGAACUCAACCACAGACUCUUUUUUUUUUUUGGCCCGGUGCCAUUUUACUGCUACCUUUGUCUAGACCUAUUUUCCCCCGCAAUUUACAUUUUCCCCAGCAAUUUACUUAAUUCAUGUUUCAGCUUCA